UGUUUAAGAACCCUGUCUGCAGAGUGUACAGGUUCCAGACUGUGGACAGCAGGUGGAUGCUGGUGAGGGAGCAAAUGGAGGAGUGCACUCUGUCCUUCAGCAUCCCCAAGCAGCUUCUCUCUCUCUGCAUCCAGGAGGACACGAGGAGGAGCCAGGCCCUGAGGGACCUGGGGGAUCUGUCCCCCCACUGGGACCACCUGAGGAGGGAGGUGACGGCUCGCUACGACCACAUCACCCACGGUUACCAGGAGACCCUCGCUGAGCUGGACAAGAUCACUGGUCCGUCGUUCAAGCCCAGCUGUAGCAAAACUCAGAAGUACCUGGAGUUCAUCCCCAUCAACCUGCACACCCAGCGGAUGAGAGUCACCUGCCCCCGGACGACAG